CUCUUCGCAGGCACAGUCGCCUUCUGCUCGUCCUCAAGUCCACUGACUGCGCACUAUGCCCGCCGCGGCUGCCGAGUGCCAAGUUCGCGACUUCACCUAAUCGAGCCGUGUUUGUAAACCCACACCUUAGGCGACGCACACUUUCGGACAAAAACACUUGCAUUUUCAGCAGAAUGGAAUUGCUCGCCGCAAUUGUCCUUCUUGUCAUUCUCUUCCGUCGCGGGGAUGCUGCAAUUCAAGCGCCCUUGGACACCCUGGCCAGUGUCACGUCGGUGCCUGCUGGUCCCGCAAACAGCGAUGACCCUGACUUCAGCAACCCCAUCAAGAACGUCACCGUGCCCGUUGGCAGGGAAGCAGUUUUAGCUUGCAUGGUCACUGAGUUGGGGCACUACAAGGUUGGUUGGAUGCGUGCGGAGGACCAGACGAUCCUGACCCUGCACAACAAGGUGGUGACACACAACGCACGCAUUUCGGUGACCCAAGACAACCAACGUACGUGGAACCUGCACAUCCGGCAGGUCAAAGAGGCCGACCGCGGCUGCUACAUGUGCCAAAUCAACACGAGCGUGAUGAAGAAGCAAAUCGGCUGCGUCGACGUGCACGUUCCACCCGACAUCAAAGACGACCAGACGAGUUCGGACAUCACAGUGCAAGAGGGCGAAAAUGCGACACUCACGUGCAAAGCCAGUGGCCAUCCAUCACCGCGCAUCCUGUGGCGCAGAGAGGACGGCGAGAGCCUGGUGAUCAGAAAGGGCGCGUCCAGAGGUGAGCCCAUGGACACCUUCAGUGGAGACACUCUGCAGCUGUUCAAGCUGGAGCGUAGGCAAAUGGGCGCCUACUUGUGCAUCGCCUCCAACGACGUCCCGCCGGCAGUCAGCAAGCGGAUUACGCUCAAUGUAAACUUCGCUCCGGUGAUCAAAGUGCCAAACCAGCUGUUGGGGGCACCGCUCGGCACAGAUGUCCACCUCGAGUGCUUCAUUGAAGCCUUCCCCAACACCAUUAAUUACUGGUCCAAGAACAGGGGUGAAAUGAUCCUCCACGGAAAAAAGUACGUGGUGGACGAAGUGAAGAACUCGUACCGAGUUCACUUCAAGCUGACGAUUCGCAACUUCAGCAAAAGAGAUAUCGGCACAUACACUUGCGUGUCCACAAACUCGAUGGGAAAGGCAGAUGGCACAGUUCGAUUGUAUGAAAUUAAAGUUCCGACGCGGCCACCAGUGAUAACAACCGAGCCUCCAAUCAUAACUACACCAACAACAACCACUCCAGAGCCAACAACAAGCACAACAACCCGCAGGCCAACUAGGGCUCCUAAGAUCAAAGAAGUCUACUACUUGGCGACCCCAUCGCAGGCGCCUCCACUGCUGGCUUACGAGGCCGACGCCAAGGACGUGACUGCCGACGCGAGCAGAGCCUCGGCGCAAAAGACGACACCCACGUGCCGAUCAAUCGUCGCCACCAUCGUCGUGUUGUUGUUAAUGAGUGCCGCCGCAAGAUGACAUUGUGAAAAAUGAGACUGCUGAAGAGGAAUUGAGUGAGAAAAGAGAGCGAGAAUGUGUGCACGUUUUACCUCAAAAUUAUUUCUCAGAGACUAAGUCAGAGGAGGCGACGAGUGAAUGCUACUGACACUGACUUGAUUCGGUGAAGUGUGUUUGUGAGAGAGCAGAACGUUGAAAGUUGUUGGUUAAUUGUUAUAAUAAAACAAACUCACUCACAUUUAAGCAAAUUGUUACGGUCUGAUCGACCUGGUGCAUGGGCUGAGAGUUUGACGAGAAAAUCUAAAUCAUCAAGGACAUGACUCAACUUAAAUUUGAUUUCUUUUAACUCAGUUCUUACAAAAGUAUAAGGAGAGAAAAUUUAGUGGAAAAGAAAAAAUGUCAGUAGUAAGAGAACCAAAUAACUGAAUUAUUAAAUAAACAAAUUUUAUCUUUUUUAUUGAAAAACUCAACAUAUAAUUUGCAUUAUUUGCAUGCAGCUGUAACAAACCGGUAAAUUGGGCAUCACUUCAUGUCACAAUUCAGCCAGAAGUCAAAUUAUCUCUUAAUGAUCUAUUUCACAGAAAGCAUUAUUUGUAUUGUGUAAGUGUUGAUCAUAUUGUUGCUCAUGUUUAAUUAAUUAUGAUUUGUAAUCGUAAAAUAAAUGAGUUUGUCGUGAACUGAUAAAUCUGACAUCUCAGCUUUGGCUCCAGUGUCUUGUGGCGGUGGAAAAUCUGCGAAUGAUGCUCAUUCCCAUUUGUAUUUAUUGUAUGAAAGUCUUCAAAUAGUAUGUUCUAUUUUUUGUGCCAAAUAUUUAACAGUGGAUUAGAUGAGGUAAAAAUGGUUUUUUGCUGCGUUGGUUUAAAAAAAACUCGAUCAAAACAUAUCGAAUCCUUAAUAUCCGAAACGAGCGAACAUAAUGAAAACAAAAUAUAAAAUAAUUUUGAAAUGUUAGAAACGUAUCAUGUGGCAAAGAGAUUUUAAAACUCGUGCGUCAAAUGCUAAAAGGAAAAUUAUUUCUUUGGAAAACAACGAACACAUGUGUCUAUAAACCUUAAUCUGUAAAUACAUAAUCAAAUCAGCAA